AUGAGCAUACUUCCCGAUCCACGACGUAUCGUCACUGGCCACGACGACAAAGGCCGGUCUAUCGUGGUAGCAGACAGUAUAAUUCCCUGCGAGCCGACACCGAUCAAAUGCAACUUCGCUGUUCUCUACGAAACCCACAAGUUUCCAGCGUCUAACAAUGAGUGGGUUGAUCCGGUCACUACUCGAACGACGGACUUGUCAAACAAGGACGGUGUUGUUUUGAGAGUGGUGGAUUUUCCGCCCAACACAGCUACAAUAUAUCAUCGCACCGUAUCACUCGAUUUCGGUAUUCUUCAUGAAGGAGAGAUUACAUGCCACCUUGAUGACGGAGUCAGAAUCGACAUGAAAGCCGGCGAUGUGUGUGUCCAGCGAGGCACCAUCCAUGGCUGGACAAAUUACUCAGACAAACCCGCAAGAGUUUACUUUAUCUUGACCGCUGCCGAACCAGUUAAGAUCAAUGGACAGGAGCUGGGAAGUGAUGGCUUCAAGCAAGAGGAAGUAGAAUCGGGUGGUAAAUGA